AUGAUGGCAGCCGGGCCGAAGCAAAUUUUGGAGCCCGCGCAGAUACGCAGCGCGUGUAAUGUGCUGUCGAUCGAUAUGCUGCGCGAAAUGCUGUCCCAAUCGCGUCAAUUCGAGGCGGCCAAGCUGUGGUACGCCAGGAAGGAGCAGCUCAUCGCCCACAUCGAGAAGGAGGUCCUCGCCGCAGGCGCGAUGGAGCUCAUCACGAAGCUCUCGUACGGCAAUGUCCACGCCUGGCUACAGGAAUUGGAUGAGGUUGUGGACGAUCAGAAUCUUUACGACAUGCGCCAAGCGCUCUACCGCCUCAUAGAGGGCACGCCUUUGGCCUUCAUCGGAAUCCUGGGCGAGGGCCUGCUGCGCAACAUCGCGGCCGAGAUUCGACUCGACGCCACGGUGCCCAAAGACGAGGUGCGCGGCACCAUCAAAGACGAGAUGCAGCUGGAAGGCCUCGAGAGCUUCCUCGAUCGACUGUCGCCGGAGCAGCUGCAGCGCCUGUGGGCCGAGUGGGGGCUCCUGCCAGCGACGCCGCCCUCCGACAAGGUCACUCUCAUCGAGCGUCUCGUGAUGUGGGUCUUCGACAUCGGCAUGGAUGGUGAAGAGGCCGACUCCGAGAGCUAUGCAGAGGCGGAUGCGGACGCCUCGAUCGAGGAUCAAGCAGAAAGAAUGGAAAUGGAGGAAGAUGAGAUCGAGCAGGAGGCGGCAGAGCAGGCAAAGGGCGAACACCAAGACGAAGAGUCCGAGAUGAAGGAAGAUCACGAAGCAGAAGACGAAGAUGAAGGCGAAGGCGAGCAGAACCUGGACGGAUCGAUGAACGGCCUGGCGUCCGUGUCCGUGUCCGCCAUCGCCGGCGAGGACGAGGACGAUGAAGGCAAGGCCGGCGAAGAAGACGGGAUGGAGGAAUUGGAGCUCGAGCUAUCCACCGAUGCCGCUCUGGGAUCGCUGACGCCACAGGAGCAGUCGGUCGACCGGCCGGCAGAGGCGAGCAUACACGAAGAGUCCGUCUUCCCCGCGGAGGAGGAAGAGCAGGAGGCCGAGGAGGAGCUGGAGGUCCCGGAGCAGGUCCGAACGGAGGAGGUCGCGAUCCAGACGGAGACGGUGGCGGUGACCGAGCUGAGCGGUUUCGAGAUCUCAGUUGAGGAGGUGGUCGUCGAGGAGGGACACGAUAACGCGUUCCAGCAGGAGCCCAUCGUGGAAGAGGCGGUGAUCCUAUCAAUGGAAGAGAGCGACGACGAGGAGGAAGAGAACAAGGAGCAGACGAAGGAGGAAGAACUUGCGGCGCAGCCGGCGGCGGCGGCGGAGAAGGAGGAGGAAGCGGCACUCGCGGUGCAGAUGCCAAGCGAGGCGCGGGACGAGGAAGAAGUGAACACGGAAGAAGCCAGCGCCGCCCCGGCCAAGGAAGACGACGCCGCGGAGCAGCAGCAAAAGGAGGAGGAACCACUGGAAAAGCCUCAAGCCGAAAAGGAGGAAGAGGAGACUGAGAAGGAGGACGUCCCGGUGCCCUCUACUCCCUCUCGCCGAGCUUCCCGCCUUCUCUCCAACAUCGGGGAGCUCAAGCCCGGUCUCACCCACGACGACCUGGAGGGCUUCAGCAACACCGUGCUCCGGCAAUAUUGCAGGGACCACGGGCUUGCGCACGGCAGGACAAAGAAGGAGAACAUUGCCUCCAUCCUCGCCCAUUGGGCCUCGCCCGAGUCUGCCACCCCUGCUGAGGGCAACACGACGCCCCGCAAGCGUGCCCGAGAGGACGGCGAGCAGCGGAGCGAGAGUGAGAGCGAGAUGGACCAGAGCGAGAGCGAGACGGAGACCUCGGCCUCGGAGCGGGAGAACGACGACGGCCUCACCCCGCGUCGUCGCAUGGCCAAGCGCCGGCGACGCGCCACCGAGAUCGUCGACCUGCUCUCCCUCAACGCCACCCCGACGGCCGCCCGCACCGUGCGACGAAGCGCGAGGCGCUCCAUGGCCACCUUCACCAAAGACACGUAG